GAAGAUUGAUAGUACAUACCUGUGUUCUGACGCAACGAUCUCAAAUUUCCCUAAAUCCAACAAUAUACAAUUUCGACGCAGAAACGAUUUCGUCACAGUAAGUCACAGGCUCACAGCGGUGGUUAUCAAUCUGCUAUCGAGAGUUAGGAAGAAGGGAAGGAUAAUUUGGGGGAGUUUGAAGUCAAUGUCGAAGGGUGGACGCAAAAUCAAAACUUGAUUUCGUUUCAAAUACUCUAAUUUUACAGAAGCAGCAGCUUGGUAGUAGAUUGUAGAAGAUACUACUAACUUUUUUUUAAAAAAAAAUUAGAGAGAGAAUAGAAUUCGCUCACGAUUUUGUGCAGAAGUACAUACAUAGCUAGCAAAAACGCCAGAAUUCACAAAAUCAACAGCAUCCGUCGGAGCUCAAGUUGAGCCGUUUUCGGUUGUGAAAUCGAAAUAAAAGCUUUGCGAGGGGAUGGGGGUUCCUGCUUUUUACCGGUGGCUGGCGGAUCGGUACCCGCUGUGUAUUGUGGAUGUGGUGGAGGAAGAACCCGGGCAGGACGAGAUGGGUGUGCCCCGCCCUGUCGAUGUAUCGAGGCCAAACCCUAAUGGCAUUGAGUUCGAUAAUUUGUAUUUGGAUAUGAAUGGUAUUAUUCAUCCUUGUUUCCACCCCGAAGGCAAGCGUGCACCUACCACAUAUGCAGAUGUAUUUAAAUCUAUCUUUGAUUACAUUGACCAUGUCGUGUCAAUGGUUCGUCCAAGAAAGCUCCUUUAUUUGGCAAUUGAUGGUGUGGCUCCCAGGGCUAAAAUGAACCAGCAAAGGUCUCGUCGUUUCAGGGCUGCUAAGGAUGCUGCAGCAGCUGAAGCUGAAGAAGAAAAAAUGAGGAAAGAGUUUGAACUUGAGGGGGAAAAACUAUUGCCAAAAGGAAAGACUGAAACAUCUGAUUCAAAUGUUAUCACCCCUGGCACCCCAUUUAUGGCAGUGCUCUCUGUAGCACUUCAAUAUUAUGUGCAGUCAAGGUUGAACCGCAUUCCCGGAUGGCACUUUCUCAAGGUUAUUCUUUCUGACGCAAAUGUUCCUGGUGAGGGUGAGCACAAAAUUAUGUCUUAUAUUCGUUUACAACGCAAUAUUCCUGGUUUUGAUCCAAACACCAGGCACUGUCUAUAUGGCUUGGAUGCUGACCUGAUCAUGCUCUCACUAGCUACUCAUGAAGUUCACUUUUCAAUACUGAGAGAGGUGAUUACUCUUCCUGGGCACCAGGAAAAAUGCUUUCUCUGUGGCCAAGCAGGCCAUCUGGCAGCUGAAUGUCUUGGGGGAGCCAACGGUGAUAGUGCAGAUGACACUCCCGUUCAUAAGAAGAAGUAUCAGUUUCUCAACAUCUGGGUUUUGCGAGAAUACUUGGGAUAUGAGCUGAAUAUUCCAAAUCCUCCAUUUGAAAUUGAUUUCGAGAGACUGGUGGAUGAUUUUGUGUUUUUAUGCUUUUUUGUCGGCAAUGACUUUCUUCCUCAUAUGCCCACGUUGGAAAUUAGAGAGGGCGCCAUAAAUUUGCUCAUGGUUGUAUAUAAAAGGGAAUUCGCUGCAAUGGGCGGUUAUCUUACAGAUGCUGGUGAGGUUUUCUUGGACCGGGUUGAAACUUUUGUUCAGGCAGUUGCGGUGCAUGAAGAUCAAAUUUUUAAAAAAAGAACCCGUAUACAGCAGGCAUAUGAGAAUAAUGAAGAGAUGAAGCAAAGAGCAAGGGGGCAGGCUAGUCAAGUUCCUAAUGCUUCAGCAGGGGAUAAGGUGAAGUUAGGGGAACCUGGAUAUAAAGAAAGGUAUUAUUCUGAGAAAUUUGGUACAUCUGAUCCGCAGAAGAUUGAUGAAAUACGAACAGAUGUGGUUUUGAAGUUUGUGGAAGGGCUGUGUUGGGUUUGCCGCUAUUAUUACCAAGGUGUCUGCUCAUGGCAGUGGUACUAUCCAUACCAUUAUGCUCCAUUUGCAUCUGAUCUUAAAGGCUUAGCUGAUUUAGAAAUCACUUUCUUCCCAGGGGAGCCUUUUAAACCCCUUGAUCAGUUAUUGGGAACCCUACCAGCUGCAAGUUCUACUGCUCUCCCUGAAAGAUACAGAACGUUGAUGACUGAUCCUGCAUCACCUAUUGUUGAUUUCUAUCCAAAUGAUUUUGAAAUCGACAUGAACGGAAAACGCUUUGCUUGGCAGGGUGUUGCCAAAUUACCAUUCAUUGAUGAGAAGAAAUUGCUUGCUGAGACCAAGAAGCUCGAGGAAACUUUAACGGAGGAAGAGCAGUUUCAGAAUAGUGUCAUGUUCGAUUUGUUGUAUGUUCAUCCUCGUCACCCUUUGGCAGCUCAAAUAACCAUAUACUAUCGUCUUUCUGGCAUUGAAAAAUCCCCAUGGCCUAUUGAUGCAGUUGCGAGUGCUGGAAUGAACGGAUUUUUGUGGUUAACUAAAAGGAAUGGCUUGAAAAAGGUUAUCCCUUCACCUGUCUACGGUUUGGAAGAUAUCACCAACAAUCAAGCCAUAAAUAUCACAUAUCUUAAUCCAGCACCUCAUGCUCACAUUCCAAAACCCCCUGCAGGUGUUAAUAUGCCUGUAAAGAUAGUGAAAUCUUUUGACAUAAAACCAGCCCCAGUAUUAUGGCAUGAAGACAACGGUGGAAGGCACCAUCUAGGGAAAGAAAGACCACAGGUUUCUGGGGCAAUAUCUGGUCCUAUUUUAGGAGAAGCUGCUCAUCGUCUGGUUCACAAUAUGUUGAACAUAAAGUUGGACCGUAUGAAUUCUCGCAAUUUUCAUGGGAAUCAGGUUGCCAACAGGAUGAGGCCAGCUGGACCACCUGGGUAUGAAAUGGGAGUUUCAGAGAUCCAAAAUUCUCAGAAUCGCCAUGCAUCUUAUAGGCCAAGAGCAGUCGGGCCUUCUGGGUAUGGUCGAUAUGGUAACAACGAACAGGGAUAUUAUAACAACUCAAACUCUUUUAGUGUCCAACACAGCCCUCACGCUCCGAUGGGAAGUGCUCGAUACAGUGGCCUCCCAGAUAAUUUGCAAAUCAACAGGCCAAUUUACAAUGCUCAAGAUAAAUAUUCAUAUCAGGAACAGCAUCAUGUUCUGAGAGGCGGCAUGUCUGCAUUAACUAUUGAUGGUGGUUCUUCCAAAGGCAGGUCACUUGCUGGAACUUCUUCAAGAUCGUCAAAUUCUGUUCAGAUAUCACAGACCACUGCUCAACUCCCGCAGCAGAGAGGUCCGCUUCCAUCACCGCCUCCUAAAUGGAUCAGUAAACGUCCAGACGAGGCUACAGAAAUGUAUUAUAAGCAACAUAGUUCAGUAGCAGCAGGGCAAGGGGGACCAGUGAAGCUGGCUAGCCGCUAUCAGGUAAAAAAUAAGACGGUGCAGAACGGCGUUGAUCCACGACUCCAGCAGUGAUCUCCAGGAUGUUGUAUACUGAAUAUGAUGGAUGCUAAUGCGAUCUAUUUUAAUCUCUUAGCAAUGCACCUGAGUUCAAUUGGAGGUGCAUAUAUGUUCCUUUUGUUUUGAAAAUUUCAAAGUAAACUAUUAUAGCCUUCAAUUAAGAUUAGAACACAGGUUUAGUUUCCUUCUAUAUUUGUCCUCUUAUCCCUUUUUAGUCUGAAUGUAGGCAAGGAAGAAUGUUAUUCCAAUUAAACUACACAUUCACUGUUUGUAAAACAACGUUCUUGGAUAAUCCUAUGUAACCAUUUUCAUUCUAA